GGUCCGUCCAUUGUGCCUUCCUCUGGAGGUUUCAGCGGAACAGCAAUAACCAAAGAUUCGGCUGAGUUUUCCAAAGUUAUAUGGCGAAAAAGAUCGAUGUGUUUGCAUGUAAAUGAGGUGGCCUUCCGUGGUGACUCAAGCCUACCAUCUUCAAUCAAAGAGCUUGGAACUCCGAUGGAGAUAUUUCGCUAUUUCUUCACUAAGAAAAUGGUUGACAAGAUUGCUUUAGAAUCGAGCUGGACAGCUCGCAAUGUCGAUAUCAACUCCAAGUUCAUAACAUCCGGCGAAGAAAUUUACAAAUACAUUGGCAUUCAUGUUUACAUGAGCAUUUACCGAUAUCCCAAUUUGGAAAGCUAUUGGGACCCAAAUGCGUUUCAACCAAUAGCAAAAACGAUGCCUAAAGCAAGGUUUAUGGCGUUAAACAAUAUUUGUCUUUUCGUGAUGAAAACACUAGGGCCAAAAAAGGAGAGCCUGGUUAUGAUGCGUUGUUCCGUAUUAGAACGUUGUCUGAUUUUUUAAAUACACGGUUCGAUUCCGU